AUGCCUGGUGAACACAUCUCCUCAGAUAUCCAUGGUUUAACACCUCAAAUGGAUGGCCGACUGAAUAUGCACAAUGCUGCUUCGGCUGCUUCUCCGCAAGGAGGUUCCUCAUUCGCCGAAUCCUCGCCGAUCCAUUCUGCAUCAACAAAUUCGCUGCAAGGCUUCCUACCACCAUCGAAUUUUGUCGUAAUUCCCACUACGCUGAAGGGGAAAACCUCGCAUCAGAAGCACCAAGCAGAAGCCGCUUAUUAUCAGAAUCUACCGUCUAGACCAUCGACACAGCAACACGAAGCCGUCCGAAUCGGCAUUGGAGUUUUUAGAACAGCCAAUUCAGCAGAUGCUAUAGAGAAAAGACGAGUUUCAGAUCCUGAUCGCCAAAAUCUUGGAGUCGCCAAUUUGGCCCGUGAUACUAUAACAUCUGCGAAACUCCGUAUUCGUCAGUCUGUCGCAGGAAGAGAUCAUACUCGAGAUGAUUCCUUUAAACGAGAAUCAGUACCAAAACCAGCUGAAUACAUGCCAGAAGAUGCAGAACCUACUACAACAGAGUCUCGAGAAGUCGAGAGUGAGAAUCGAGAUACCCAUACUGGGAGGCGGCAUCGUAAACAGCACCAUCAUAUGAAAGACAAUGAUAAAGUAGUCACUGAAACCGAGUCCAAUGGACCUUUACGCAGUGAUAGGAAACAUCGGUCCAUGCAUGUCAAGAUUGAUGUGAAGCCAGAGGUUGAAUCCUCACCCGAGACUGCCGAGAUCCAAGAACCUCAAGCUAUAGAUCACGCCGAUGAACGGGACCCCAAUAUGGUGCACGAUGAGUUUGCGCAGGAUGUGGCAGAUUUACUCCAGACGGAAUCAGUACCAACGAGCCCUCGCCGAUCUAAAUAUGAACAACGACAGCCAGCAUCCAACCCUUGGAGGUUAACGGAGCACGAUGUGCAGCAUAGCGCACUUUCUAUUCUAGUUAGCCAAAAGAUGCAGCAAAUGGAAACAGGAACUCCGAUUGUAACCCGCCCCUUGCCAGCUGGUACCAUGUUGACCACAAAUCCAAUAAAAAUUUACUAUGCUAUACCGACGUCGUAUGCUGGUCAGACUUUUGAUCGAAGAAUUGGCAGCAGUCAAGAACGUGAGCGAGCACGUACACCAUCACCUCGUGGUCGUAAACGAGGUCCGCCGUCUCCUACUUCUCGACAACGAACAACGCAAAUUGGACAAGUGGAGGCUCUAAGUGCAGACAAGUUACGAAUGCCAGAAAACGCUUCUCGAAUUAGUCUGAAUGAACGGGCAGCGUCGCCGGACACUCAGCACUCAAAUGGGCAUCAUGCUCUGCAUCAGUCUCAACAUCUCGUGGAGAAGACUGUGGAGAUGCCACGAAUUACGCACAGUGACAGAUUAAGGCACUCAACGUCAGCCACAGCUUCAGACGCUCUUCCACUGUCUCGUCCUCAAGAUCACCAACUAUCGCAUGCUCCAACACCAACACUAAAGUUUUCGGAACGCCGAAUUCUUCAAGACAAUUUGUCGGACAUGAAGAUUAUGAAGACUGACGUGAAAGAUGGGCUGGUGCUUGAGCAAAAGCCUUCCAAACGAGGUCAUUCCUCAAGCCGUGCACAGUCAUCGUCUGGUAUGCAAUCAGACAUAGAGAAUCAUUUGGCAUCGCCAGUCGCAGCAUCACCAGCUAUAGUACCUGAUACUAUAAGCGAGAUAAUGCCCAAAUCUACGAGACGGCUGUCUCGUCAUCGUCAAGAAUUGGUGUCUAACGACGAGGUCUCAAAGGAUCCAAUACAGUCUAAAUUUCCAAAAGCUGACGACGAGCGUGGAAGACCAUUGUCUAGGGGCAGUCAGAGAUCAACUGCUAGUGAUGUAGUAGCUCUAGAUUCCGAAUACACAACCCACUCGAAGCCCCAUAAAGAAGGAGACUCCAUAUCGAACAUUCCUCCCAACUUUGGCAAACGAAAAUCAAUGUCAAACCCACUUUCGGAAGAUAAGCCAGUGUCUCGUCCUGUAUCUAGAGGAGUAGAUUCAUCAACAGAAAUUCCUUUGAAAGCAAAGGAGGUGGAAACAACACCACUUCUCUCUCGACCGAAUUCAAGAGGACAAGACGUGACGGUUCCAGCACGACCGGCUUCAAGAGGAGCUGAUGCUACAUUUACCACACAGAUGGCGCCUGAACGGCCAGUAUCAAGGGGAACUGACGUUACAUUUGCAACACAAAUGGUCGUUGAACGACCAGUAUCUAGAGGUGCCGGUGAGACAACAAGUCGACCACCUUCUCGAUUGCAUGAACGACCACCGUCACGAGGAGAAGAAGUCCGGUUUGAAAUGCCGGCUUCUCCUGAUGCGGAGCCAAAGGUUAGGGACAAGAAAGAUUCCCAUUGGACAGCAUCAACUGUGACUUCAAGAGACGAUCGACGUCGAUCUCAAGCUGCGGUAGCUGCCAUGAGCCCUCCACGAACCCCUCGACAGCUUACACCUACAGAAAAGACUCAUCCAUCAAGAAUGUCUCGAUCGUUCUCGCCGCCAAGUCAUAGGCCAAGCACGACUGGAGCUCCACUGCAACACAGUCUAGCUGCACAUCUUCGUGAAAGAAGGAGAACCAUGUCAGCAAAUCCCAACGAGAAAGAAUUGACGAAACCGGCAGCACCAUUCCAAUUCCAACCUCCCAAAAGCAACAACCUCAGAACAAACGUAAUUACGAAACCCAAGGUGGCAGUCAUAUCACCUUUCCUACCUCCUGAAUUGUCAGCUGCACCACCAAAAGUUCGAGUGCCUCCAGCAACCAAGAAAGCUGCUGAAAAAUCAACAACGGCGUUUAGUCUUCGUAUAGCACCAGCCAGAGAGAUGCAUCCUCUACCUCAGGUACAAGCUCCUGAAGGACCGUUAUUAAAAGUAGAAGUUGAUGCGCCAGGUGGAUUGGCACCUGAUGUACCAAAAGCUGUCCGUGGCAAACCACUGGAUGCAAAGAGAAGACAGUCGAUGGCUCCAAAACCAAUGCCAACCUGGAGACCUGGUGGUGUUGGAGAUCCAAUCAAACGGAAUGAGUUUCUUCGAAAUCGUGAGUUUCAAUACUUUGUUGCUGUUUAUCAGGCAAUGACGUGUCCCUUACGCAAUGUGGCUAAUCUAGGUGAAAGGGCUAAGCAGAUUGCUCAAUUAUUACGGACCAAGCUCUUUGCUAAUGAUAGUGAUUCUGACUCUGACGACGACUCCGAAGAGGAAGAAGAACAGCAAUUCUUCCCAUCGAAUUUACCGAAGUUUACUGGAGAUCGUGAAACUAUUAUUUCGAGGAUAGAAGAGACUAUUGAUCACGAGGAAGAAGAACCAGAAGAAAACGAAGAACAGCAUUCUUCUCAAUAUUACAAGCUCAUCUUCUUGAAUGAUUUCGUUCAAUUGGAAGCCCGUGAUUCUGAUAUGAGAGACAAUCAACGAGCCUUCAUUAUCCGCGACACUUCUAUUGUACCAACCAAAAUGAUUACAAGGUUGACCGAAGAGGAUGCAGCCAAGUUCUGCUACCAUAUGUACAGAUACAUUCGAUCGGUAGUGGAAAAUAUUAUACCUGGUAACAUCACUUUAGAUAUACUGAGAGUCGCUGAGGAAAGCGAAGAUGAUGAAGCCAUUGCUGCUUCUUUGAAACGAAUCAUUUCCAAGGUGCCAAGGAGCGAAUAUUUGUUGCUGAAGGCAAUCUUCAGUCAUUUGCAGAGGAUAUCAUCGCUAUGUGAUAUUGACAUCGUACGAAACCUGGGUGUUGUAUUUGGCCCAGUGAUAUUCCGAGUAACAACUGAUGGCCAGAUACCUGGAGACUCUGUUCACGGUGCCAACCACCGUCACCAUCAUCAUCACCACCAUCAUCACAACAAUGCCAGUCUUGCCAAUGGUAUACAAAGAGCGGCCGCCAUGCUAGGAGCAGAAGGUCAAGCACUCGCAUCUCUUUUUGAACACGAUUUCGCCUCAGACAAUAUGAAUGCCACCAUCAUGUCUGAAACAGCCAGUGAAUUCACCCGACCAGGAUUCUUUGAUGUUGAAUUGUCUACCGUUGAUGGAUCUGAAGCAGGUGACCGAAUUGCUGCCAUGAGACCUCCUCCUCCCUCGAAACGUGGCGGCCCACCACCGGUAUCUCGUCCACCCAUGGGAUCCUCUUCAGGUGGUGGGUUGGGACCACCAAUGAAUCGAGCAGCAAGAACUUCUGUUGCUAUUAUGGACGAUAUGGAUGAAUACGGUCGACAAUUCUUGGAAGCUAUUCAAUCUGCGACACAAAAGGCUGCAGCAGCUCCUGCUAUUGAGGAAGAGUCCGAAGACUUUGAUGACGACGAGGAAGACUCGCCACCCCCACAACCAACUUCAGACGAAGACAAUAAGCCGUCUGAUCCCAAUGACAUUUUCGACUUUGCAGCAUUCAAGGAACGUUCUCUCACAAAAGCCAUAUUUGUGGACUCAACAGCAUCGACGGCUAUAGCUGCAGCCACCGAAGUUAUUAUUCGACGAGUUGAUGCUAUUUUUGGGUAUAAUGUGCAUUCUGAUCAGCAAAAACAACGAAAGAGGUAG